GUGCUACCAACGUUGAGCAAGAUGAAGUUGAUCAAGAAUGAAUUGGAUGAGAACCCAACGAAACGUUUGGCGUGUCUCAACCCGAACUGUAUGCAGAAAUUGAGCAACCCAGAUAAAGUUCUAGAGCAUGUCAAUCACUGUUUUCUACCGGAAUAUUUCCUAUAUUUGGGUCGAGUGGAUGAAUUUCGUCGAAUGGAUAAGAAGGAGCAAAAUCGUCUAACUCGUGCCGCCUUGAACGUUAUCGAUUUUCUGCCGUGUUUGAAUAUCGACACGUUGGAUUGCUCGCAA